ACCAUCACAACAAAAAUCUAGAGAAAAACAAGGAAGUGAACGGUCACGUAACUCUGAACUGUAAUCUCAAUUUUUAGUAUUCAAACGGUGCUUCUAUAAAAUACUUUUAACUUCAGAAUAAUUGUAUUCGACGCAUUAAACUACACACCAAUUCAGGACAAUGAACAACAAAGGUUCCUAUCCCCAGCAAGCUGUGUACCCUCAGCAGAGUAGUGCACCCAUCUACCCACCUGCUAUGCAAGUGUCUCCCCAGGCACCACCUUAUUCAGACGCCCCACCGGCAUACUCUGAGAUCUAUCAGCCCAGGUAUGUGCACCCAUCUCAGGCUGGCCAGCUACAGCAAAUGUCUCAGUACCCUGGCACUCAGAUGUACAUGCAACUGCCCCAGUCCAUGGCAGUUGGACCAAUGGGCCACAAUGUCCCCAUGGCGUACUACCCCAUGGGAGCCAUGUAUCCCCCUGGCUCCACUGUGCUAGUGGAGGGAGGAUAUGAUGCUGGUGCUCGCUUUGGUCAAAGCAACAGUGCUUCCAUCCCACCCCCACCUCCCGGCCACAUGCCUAAUGCAGCUCAGCUGGCCGCCAUGCAGGGUGCCAACGUCAUGAUGACACAGCGCAAGAACAACUUCUUUGUGGGUGGCUCCAAUGGCGGGUACACCAUCUGGUAACAGCCAGCGUUUUCUGCAACCUCUCCCCUUACUCCUCUCCCUCAUUCAAAAUGAUGACGCCCUCUCCUGUCCCAUCCGCCAACCCCUUUCGGGGAUACUAAUAUCACCUAACGGAAUGUAAUAUUUUAGAGCCCUGAUAAAAGGUACAGUACUCCACUUCGUAAGCAAAACGGUCCUAAUUACUGGUUCAUAAUUUGGGCUGCUGAACUUGUUCCCUGACCUUACAAGGAUAGUGCUGCUGCCUUAGGUCAAAACACAUUUCACAUGUUAUAUUUUCUUUAAUGCAUGACAUCAAUCUACUCUCUUAGCACUGGCAUUGGCCUAAUGUCUUCCUUACAAAGAGUGCUACUGAUCCAAGUAGAGCAUCAUAUAUACUUUAGUUUAGCAUGGCAUGUUGAAUAGACCCAGUUGGCCUAUCUAAAAUCAGUUUCUGCGACCACUGGAUUCAUUUCAAUCGGAUCAAAUAGACACUUGCUGUAGUAUAGUAGAAUACUGGUAUGUUAAACAACAAGAACCCAAACAAGAAUGGAUCACAAAAUGAUUACCAGAUAACAAUCCAUGGUGGUUUACUGUACCUUCUUGGGCAACCAUAGAUGAACAUAAUCGGCGUCCCGAAGAGCACCGUCACUUAAAUAAAGGCAAAUGAACAAAAUAUAUACGUAGAAUGAAGUUGAGAUUUGGAUCAUCGAAAGGGUUGGUUGGCUUUACAUUUUUGCAGUUAUUGGUUUUAAUUUUUGCCGUUUUAGUUUUUUCCCCUCUAAAUCGGAUACCCAGACUUGUACAUCAUCCCAGUGUUUGGUUUCCUUAAGUAAAAAAAAAAUGGCACCCACCUGUUCUUAAACACUUAAAAGCACUGUCAUGUAAACGAGAAUCAUCUAAGAUCAGGGGGUUAUUAAGAGUUAAACACUUUACUUUAAUCCUUCAUUACAUAUAAGGACUGUGAGGGUUCAAUUACAAUGUAACCGGUUUGUUUACUUUAAAUAUUUAUCACUUUCGGGCACAUCUUGGUGAUUUGUUUGAAUUAUUAGUUAAUAUUAGUAUAACCAAUUAGCUGGUUGUACCAAAGAAAUGGUCUAGACUGCACUAGUAAAUGUUUGGUUGUGACUUAUAAUUAUAGUAAUUGAAAUAUGGCACAUUUUGAAAAGCAAACAUCAGAUUUAAGGAUGCAGUGAUGAUUUUGAUGGUACUUAAGACCUUCGAUCUGGCAUUGCUGUUGUAUUUUUUAAUGGGGGUGCUUAAAUGUUUUAAUGUAAAUGUGACUAGGUGGUUCUGCAUGCUUUUUUGCACUUUUGCUCUGUACAAUUUUGAUUUUUGUAAAGAUGUAUCAUUGCUAAUUUUUAUAGAAAUACCACAAGCAUUAAUUUAUGUGCACUGCUGGAAAUAGAUUUUGCUACUUGUUUUUAGUACAAAUGCUAAUAACCUGCAAAUACAGUGCUAUGCAUGUUACUCUUUCCUGUCCAACUUUUUUAGAAUUCAUUUAAAUGUACUUUCACUCCAAAAUGGGGGUGUUCCUAAAUGUUUUAGGACUGCAGAAAAUCACUUGCUUAUUGUUCCCAAUUAGUUUAAUAUAGUGUUAAGCCACAUGAUUUCUGAACAUUUUCUUAUAAAUAAAAAAUAUGCAUCAGUGGAGCUUACAACUGUUGACACAGUUUAUUUUCCAAUACACUUGUGCUGCUAAUUAAACUACUGUAUAAACUUUAAUAAAUAUCUAACACUA